AUGAGAUCAGCACAAGUCGGACCUAUGGUUGCCGUCAGUAACUGUGAGGUGCUAGCGCCUUCGUCUGGGAUGGGAAUGCUGAACGGGCCACCGCGCGAGAGCGAUGCAGCACAGCACCAACAGGAUCAGGCACCGCGCAUCCACGACGCGAUGAUGAGCAGGAAUGGGCCACCGCGCGAGAGCGGUGCAACACAGCACCAACCGGAUCAGGCACCGCGCAUCCACGAAGCGAUGAUGAGCAGGAACGGGCCACCGCACGAGAGCGAUGCAGCACAGCACCAACAGGAUCAGGCACCGCGCGUCCACGAAGCGAUGAUGAGCAGGAACGGGCCACUGCACGAGAGCAAUGCAGCACAGCACCAACCGGAUCAGGCACCGCGCAUCCACGAAGCGAUGAUGAGCAGGAACGGGCCACCGCACGAGAGCGAUGCAACACAGCACCAACAGGAUCAGACACCGCGCAUCCACGAAGCGAUGAUGAGCAGGAACGGGCCACCGCACGAGAGCGAUGCAGCACAGCACCAACAGGAUCAGGCACCGCGCAUCCACGAAGCUAUGAUGAGCAGGAACGCGCCACCGCACGAGAGCGAUGCAGCACAGCACCAACAGGAUCAGGCACCGCGCAUCCACGAAGCGAUGAUGAGCAGGAACGGGCCACCGCACGAGAGCGAUGCAGCACAGCACCAACAGGAUCAGGCACCGCGCGUCCACGAAGCGAUGAUGAGCAGGAACGGGCCACCGCACGAGAGCGAUGCAGCACAGCACCAACAGGAUCAGGCACCGCGCAUCCACGAAGCGAUGAUGAGCAGGAACGGGCCACCGCGCGAGAGCGAUGCAGCACAGCAACAACAGGAUCAGGCACCGCGCAUCCACGAAGCGAUGAUGAGCGGGAACGGAUGGGCAUGA